AUGAAGGGUUUCCGGGGCCCAGUAUGCGACCAGCCUCCUAUGAGGAGCCAGCCCGAGUUAGCAAUAUCUGGUCUAAUCUCUAUUUCAUGGCAUCUCCAACAGCUGAUGGUUGAAUUGCCGCCGCACAGCGGAGUUUGCGGCCAGAUCAAGUCAGAUCUGGAAAGGCACGUCCCCCGGCAUGGCCCGCUCGACCAGCAACUAUUUAUUGUACGGCUGUACCACAUUGGUGCAUGCUACAUCCGCCAUGGCAGUCGACACGGGGUGGGUGGAUACUAG